AUGAGGCGGAAUAGAGUCCCGCACUCUCCGCCUUCGCCCUAUAGGGCCCUGGCCCACCAUCCGGCUAAUGGCCAGCCCCCGGAUUCCGUAUCCUUGAUUAGGUCAUUCAACAGCGAGACAAACCCGACCCGGCCGAUACGUCCUUCCCCGCUUACGGCUUCGACUAUCCCUGAUAUGCCACUCGAUCUAUUAGAUAGGAUGAGGUCCUUUCCGCUCUUCAUGUCGGCUCCCGAGGAGUUUCUCGUAGCGAUUGGGAGACAUUUAAGGCCGCAGGUUCACGCUGCACACGAUCAUAUCUUAACCGAGGGAGACGAGGCAAAGGCUAUGUAUUGGUUGGUUCGGGGUGUCGUAGGGGUUACCUCGCGUGACGGUGAGGCUGUAUAUGCCGAACUAAAACCAGGUGCUUUCUUCGGUGAGAUAGGUGUACUUAUGGAUAUGCCUCGAACAGCGACCAUUGUGGCCCGGACGAAAUGUCUUCUUCUCAUCCUUAAGAAGGAAGACCUCCGUUUGGAAUUACCGAAAUUUCCUGAUAUGGAGAAGGCAAUUCGAGAAGAGGCUCAUGAACGUUUAACUAUUCUCAACAAGAAGCGUCAGGAAAGCGGACAUAGUCUUAAGGUCGCGAAGGCGUCGAUGACGGCUCGAGAGGCUGCCCCUGGUGAAGUUUCUACCGGUGAAAUCGGCGUUAUCAAAGAAGGAUUCGUAGUAAACACGAAAAAGAGGAAAUCACCGAGUCCAGGAGGAAUCGAAGAUCCAACUGCGGGUAGUGCAUUAGGAAGUGGUCUCGUGAAUGUGCGACAAACGCUUAGAGAGCUCCCACUAUUCUCGACAUUACCUCCUGAUAUACUUCAUUUUCUCGGAAUGAGUGCACAACCCAAAACUUAUUCUCCAUUUACAGAUAUAAUACGACAAGGAACUGCUGGAAAUGAGAUUUUCUUUAUCGUACGCGGCGAAGUCGAGGUGAUCUACGAGGUACCGAAAGGGCAACAAGAGAAGAGAAUAACGCGUUCGUCACAGAUAAGACCUCGUCUAAGACAAGGACAAUAUUUUGGAGAAGUCGCAAGCUUGGGAUUAUCACUUCGACGUACUGCAACUGUACGAUCAAUUACGGCCGUGGAAUGUCUAAUGAUAAGCGGUGAGGCUCUAGAUGAAUUAUGGAAGCGGUGUCCACCGGAUAUCAAAAAACAGGUUGAAGAUACGGCAAGGACACGCAUCAGACCGAAGGACGAGGAUAUUGAGAUGAAAGAUGCGGGUCCAAUAGAAACACAUUUUAGAACGCCAGUAACACCCAUACGACCUACACCACCACAAGUCACAUUUACCACACCUUCGAUACCCGCUUCCCCAGUCAAAGACGAGUCAGAUCAAUUAGAACCCAAGGACCCAGAUCCCUAUCUUAGUGUCGAUAUGGAGAAUCUAAGGAACCGACGACGAGGAUCGCUCGCUCCACCAACACCCCCACCAACCGAUUCUCCAGGUACACCUAUGCAUAAGGGUUUGCGUUUGCGUACGACCGAUAUCUUCACGCCAACAAAAUUCCCUAUUUUGACGAUGUCCCCGGAUGUAGAAGCGCCAGCGAAGAAGAUAAAAACACUGCCCACUCGGCCACAUCUUAACCAAGAACCCGAACCUCUUUUUCCUGACGAUAUUCUAGUUACGAUAUUUCAAUUCCUCGACCUAGCGGAGCUUCUCCGCAUGAGAGUACUCUCAUCAAACGUGCGCAAACUACUUAUGGAAUCACCAAAAUUAUGUAACUACGUAGAUCUCACGCCCUACAACCGCAUGGUAACCGACGACAUUCUCGUGCACAUACUCGCUCCCUUCCUCAACACAAGACCAAUAUCAAUAGAUCUCAGCAACUGCUUCCACAUAACCGACGAAGGGUUCUCCGCCCUAUGGAAGACCUGCGGGAAGAACAUCAAAAUCUGGCGUAUGAAAUCCGUCUGGGACGUCUCAGCAAACCAAAUCCUAGAUAUGAGCGAAAACGCCAAGGACCUGGAAGAAGUAGACUGGAGCAACUGUCGCAAAGUCGGGGACAAUUUACUAGCCCGGGUAGUAGGAUGGGUGAUCCCAGACCAUCCCCCACCGACCGCGAAACAAGUCGUAAUUUCCAACUCCGCAGCAGCAGCCCGUUUGCGCGCACAGCAGCACAAACAACAGACUAUGGUUCUCCCACCCCCUGGAACCGUAAUCGGGUGUCCCAAGCUUAAGAGGCUGAAUCUGUCGUAUUGCAAACAUAUCACGGAUCGCUCGAUGGCGCAUAUGGCAGCACACGCAUCGAAUCGCUUACAAUCCCUAUCGCUAACGCGCUGUACUUCGAUUACAGAUGCCGGGUUCCAGAGCUGGGCCCCGUUUCGCUUUGUCAAUUUGUCGUAUUUGUGUCUGGCGGAUUGCACGUACCUAUCUGAUAACGCGGUCGUGGCGUUGGUGCAUGCUGCGAAAUCGCUUACGCAUCUGGAUUUAUCGUUUUGCUGUGCACUUUCGGAUACUGCGACGGAAGUUGUUGCGCUGGGCUUGCCACAGUUACGAGAGCUCAAGAUGGCGUUUUGUGGAAGUGCGGUUAGUGAUAAUAGUCUUGCAUCUGUUGCUCUGCAUCUCAACGACCUCGAGCGGUUGAGUGUGCGCGGGUGUGUACGUGUUACAGCUGCCGGAAUUGAGAGUGUUCUUGAUGGAUGCGCGAAUUUGUCUUGGGCUGAUAUUAGUCAAUGUCGAAAUUUAGAAGCUUGGGUUCGGGGUGGAGGUGUUGGACGUUGGGAACGUCGUCCGAGAUCAGGAGUUGCGUUUGUGGUUGAAAAGGGUGCAGGUGGUCUACGUUGA